AGGGGGCGGUCACGUGCCGGAAGGGGGGCGUGGCGUGGCCGCCUCUGAGGUCACAUGACAGGGGCGCGGGCCGGAGCCGCCGCUGGUGCUGGUGCUGCCUGGGGUGGGAGUCGGCCGCCGCGGGGCCCCCACCAUGAGUUUUCUUGGAGGCUUUUUCGGUCCUGUUUGUGAGAUUGAUGUUAUUCUUAAUGAUGCUGAAACACGAAAAACGGCAGAAAUCAAAACAGAAGAUGGUAAAGUAGAAAAGCAUUAUCUCUUCUAUGAUGGCGAGUCUGUUUCAGGAAAGGUGAAUGUCUCCUUCAAGCAUGGGAAGAGACAAGAGCACCAAGGAAUUAGAAUUGAAUUUGUAGGACAAAUUGAGCUCUUCAAUGACAAAAGUAAUACUCAUGAAUUUGUAAACUUGGUAAAAGAACUGGCCUUACCUGGAGAACUGACCCAGAGCAGAAGCUAUGACUUUGAAUUCAUGCAGGUUGAGAAGCCAUACGAGUCAUACAUCGGUGCCAAUGUCAGACUGAGGUAUUUCCUAAAAGUGACAAUAGUAAGAAGGCUGUCAGACCUGGUAAAAGAGUAUGAUCUCAUUGUUCACCAGCUUGCUACCUACCCAGAUGUAAACAACUCAAUUAAAAUGGAAGUAGGCAUUGAAGACUGUCUGCAUAUAGAGUUUGAAUACAACAAAUCUAAGUAUCACUUAAAGGAUGUGAUUGUUGGAAAAAUUUACUUCCUCUUAGUGAGAAUAAAAAUUCAGCACAUGGAGUUGCAGCUGAUCAAAAAGGAGAUUACUGGAAUUGGGCCCAGUACCACAACAGAGACUGAAACCAUUGCAAAGUAUGAGAUAAUGGAUGGUGCACCAGUUAAAGGUGAAUCGAUUCCUAUAAGACUGUUCUUAGCAGGCUAUGACCCAACUCCUACAAUGAGGGAUGUAAACAAAAAGUUUUCAGUGAGGUACUUCUUAAAUCUAGUGCUUGUGGAUGAAGAAGACAGACGAUACUUCAAACAACAGGAAAUAAUCUUAUGGAGAAAAGCUCCUGAGAAACUGAGGAAACAACGAACAAACUUUCACCAGCGAUUUGAAUCUCCAGAAUCACAAGCAUCUGCUGAGCAACCUGAAAUGUGAACUGGUAUAAGAUGAAAAACUCUUGCAAUGCUUCAGCAGGUUAGAGAUGGCAGCAGCCUGUGGGAAACGAAGGCCAAAAUUCCCAUUACAACUGUCUUCCUUCAUCUUGCAGUGCUGCAUUUACCAUACUACUAAAAUAUUCUUCAGUUAAACAUUCAAGUAUGUAUAUACAUUUAAAAUAAAGUGCUUUCUCAAACACUGGAACUUUCUUAAGCUACUAUUUUAUACUGCACAUUUACUUUUAUUUGAUAAUGUUACGCACUUGGAUAUGCAUAAGCUUAAAUCUAGUUACUUCCAUGCAUGGUAGGCUGGUAUAUUUGAUUUUGCUGAUCACCUAUAUUGUGUAGACUAAAGCAUUUCCCUUCUCCAUUCAUGUUGUUUAUUGCAUGUCUCUUUCAAAUGUUGCUUAUCUGCAUUUUUUUCUUUCUGUUUUGAAACCACAGUUAAGACAAUUGACUAAAUCACACUAAAAAUCAAGGCUUGCGAUGGACUUCUUGCCCUAAAAGACUUCUAAUUAUCAUAUUAGAGUUUAACUCAAACUGCAUGUAUAUGCUAUGAAAAUGAUAACUGUGGAGCCUUCAGCUACCUUACCAAGGUUUUUAAGAAGCUUUCAAUCUGUUAGUAACAAAGAAUGUUAGUAAACAUCUUUGCCAAAAAAAAAAAAAAAAAAAAAAAAAAACCAAACACCACUCAUUCUACCAUACUUUUCCUGAGCCUGUCAUCUGAGUGACUUCUGACUUUCUAAGGUUCAUUGCCCAGUAACUAGUGAAAGUAGAGAUGUUCUCACUAUUUCACUUUGAGGUGGUGAGUGGCUGAAAUAUGUGAAAGUAAUUAUCCCUUAUUGAUGAAACAAACACUGGUAACAUUGAUUAUUUUGCAAAUACACAAUUAUUCCUCCUGGAUUCACAUUUCCACUGUCUUCACAGUUUUUCCUCACUGUCCUAACAGGAGAGGCAAAACAUCCUCAAAGGACAUCCUCCUGAGUCCAUCAAGGCCUGUUACGAGGGUAAAUAAGCUUUUUUUGUGCUCUUCUUGAAAGGUAUUUUGAAGCCAGGUGAGCUUCAAAACUACUAGAAGCUUGUCUAGCAAAGCAGAUUGUUUGUCUUAAUCAUCUCGUAUGCAUUUAGUGUUUGUUUGGAGAAAUAUCUUAAACAAGUUAGCCUUCAUCUAUUCACAGUUGAGCAUGUAGUCUGUUAUCAGACAUGUGGCUUGGGCAUAAAAUGAAGCCUGCUGUGUGGAAGGCUACUUGCGCUUGUAGUUCACUUGGCCUUUAAACCAAGACUUUUCAACUUCAGUGCAAGUGUCAUUGGUAACCUUACUUUAUGAGUAAGUAAAUAACUGAAUUACAUUUCUGUAAGAACUGUUUUAUUACUGUGGCACUUUGAUAAAGCGGACAAAGAUUCUGUGUACUUUAUGCUAGGAUACUUCUCUUCAUGUGGAUAUCUUUGAGAGCAAACUUAACUCCCUCAUGUAAGUGCCUGUUCAGAACUUUAAAAAAAGAAUAAAAUUAUAAGCCAAAUAUUUUCAUGGUCACUUGCAUGUAGUAAUCUGGAAAUUAUUUCAAGAGAUUUUGAGAACAGAUUGUAUUUAACCAGCCUCAGAUUGUGCAACCAUGUAUAAUAAACAAGAAACAUAAUGAGCUGCUAUUUGAAUUAUUAAAAUAGCUGUAUUCUCACUAAA